AUGCAAUCACAUAUCUCACGGGUCGCACCCCCAAAUUUUCGACCGAGUCCGACAUUAGAAGUGUCACUUGAAGAACUUCACGCUUUCGGCACAUUUAGCACUACCACUCCACCACAGCGCGUCGCUCAAGGUUACAUAAUCGCACCGCCAUUGCAUUCGAAACCGUUUCAAAACAAACCUCUAUUCCAUACACACGCGCCCGUGAGACCCUCGCCUCCAAGACGCCACUUAUCAUCAAAUCCCGCUAAGCAACCCUACUUUAAAGCCACACACCCCACACGAUACGUUAAGCCACAUAAUACAAAACCACUGCCGAAGGUCAUCGCCUUAAAUCCCGUAACUAAAUCUCCCCCAAUUAUAUUAUCCUCUCCUAGAACUGCGGGUGUGUCUGAAACUGAUCUUUUGGUAAAAGACAUUGAAAUUUCCCCAAUACAAGCUUCUACUGAAAGAGAACCGAAUGUCCCGGCACCAAGCUAUUUACUGUCAAUUUCAAACUCCUCUGCAGAUGUCCUCCGGCUACCGCUAGCUAAAAAUAGCGGGUUCAAGCCUGAAACUAUAGUCAUCGAGAGUGGAUUUAAGCCUAUUAUCGGCAAAGUUAUUGAAAACAGAAAUGACAAUGACAGGAUCGACCUAGAGUUGAAUCCGGAAGGCCAAACUGGAAUUAUAGCAACGAAGGGCAAAAAAGUCAUACCCAUUGAUAGUUUCGAACCUAUCUUUAUACCAUCUCCCACAGAUAAAUCGUCAAAAUCGCCAAAAACUUCAAAAAGGCCUCUCAAGAAGCACGCCUUGAAAAUAAUUUUCCGCACUAGACGUCUGGUCGAUCCCAAUUUCGAACCCGGAAUGGCCGCAUCAGAAAGAACCGAUUCUUAUUAUUUACCUCCACCUGGUCACACAGAAAAACCCAAAAUAUUUGACCCAAAGCAACCAUCAAACAUAGAUGUGGCAAGUCCAUCCAGCAUGGAGUUGGCGGCAUCACCUCCCGAUGUCGUAGUGACCUACGAUGGUAAAAAGGUGUCGGGAGCAAGUUUAACUGCUAAAAUAUUUGACAAAUCCAGAUUGUUUGAACAAACAGGUUCCAAAGCAACAGAAUUUAUCAAAGCGCGACCUCAGUUCGGGCCGUUUCGAGGUGAAUUGCCUCCGCUGGGUUCCGACGUAUUAUUUGACGGCAAGGAGCCUUACCAUCGAACUCCCAAGGCGGGUGUACUAAGUAGAGAGCUUGACACUCCACUUCCGCCUCCACCAGGAAGCAGUUCUACAAGACUGACGAGAGUGGAAAGAUCAGCUCAUCAUAAUCCCGAGCACACCGCACAACAGUCUGUAUUCAACAAUUGGUAG